GGGGCCCAGUUUGCUGGGCAGGAAGAAAUGGGAGGAGCGGGAGGUAGUGGGGGAUCCUGCUGGCCAUGUGGGGCACUGGCUGUGUCAUCUCCUCACUGGGAGGUGUCAGCAGGGCCCGAAUCCCUCAUGCUCCUUUGUCUCCUUCGCGUCUCACAGGAGCUCAUUGAGGAGCUUCCUAAAGACUCUCCACCCAGCGAGAUCCUCGCCAGCUGCCUGGCUGCUGUGGGCAACCUCAGCACCAUGAAACCAGCCCUUGAGCCUGAGCUAGAGUCCCGCCUCUUGCAAGCUGCCCUUGGCUCGGUCUUCACCCUGGGCACGGAGACGGACGCCACCGACAUCCAGGCUCUACACAAAGUCAUGCCAGAGCUCCUGGAUGCUGUGCUGGGGAACCUGCUGGCAGAGUCCCCAGACGCAGGCAGGCUCCACGUCAUCUUGGAGCAUGUCAACCGCUGGAUCGUGUCCAGGGUGCCCCAGGAGAGAGCCAGGGCCAUUAAGAGCAGCACGGCCCUGCUGAGAUUUGCAGUCACCCUCCCCGAGUUUGACAUCUCAGCAGAGUUCCCUAGGCUGGGUCAGCACGUGGCCCAGCUGGCUCUCUUUGUGAGUUACCCAGACCAGGACAUCAGCCGGCAGGCCAGGGAGGGGACUUACCGGCUGUACCAGCUGCUGCUCGAACAGAGGGGGCUGAGCAUACACGAGGUGGAGGAUCUGUGGUGCCACAACUGGUACCAGGACAGCAGGCUCCUGGGCUAUAAAAACACAGCCAGGGUGGGGGAGGUCUUUGGAAAAUUCUUCUCUGCGGGGCAGAGGAAAUGCUUCCUCAAGACAGCCGUGCCAGCGAUCUACAACCCCCUGCUGUGCAUUAGCCAGGCUGGGCUUCUCCUCACGUACGCCAUCCUGGGGGAAGCCGAGCAACUGCUGGGGUACACGAUCUUCGCACGGGUCGGCUUGCUGCAGGAGACACUGGCGGACAUCAUCAUCUACAGUGCCAACUGGAAGGAACAGCUCCAGCUGCGGGCGCUGGGCAGAGCAGGACUCACCACAAAACGAACCAAAUGUCACCUGGGCCAGAAAGAACUGAUCUACCCGGGCUAUACGGUGGGCCGAGGGAAAAUACGGUCUUUGGUAUCUGAGCCACAAGCUGUUCUAUCUAAUAGGGAACCCCUUCUCCUUGGUAACAGACCACGCACCCCUCAGGUGGAUUAACAGCAUGAAGGACUC